GGAAUUAAUAGAUGAUUAUUUCCCUAAUUCACAUCUAUGAAUAUCUAUCCAAGUACGUAUAGCUACCUAGGUACCUAGGUACGUACGAAAUUACCGCCUAUUUAAUCGUACAUGCUUAAUUGUUUCAGGAAACUGGAAUAAUGUAUCUUUCCUUAUCUUUCGGCCGAAGAUACCGUUCGACGAUUUGUUAUGACGGCUUCCUGCAGAUCGACAGGGGUUUAGAUAACUAUCUUUCCUUUGUUUAUGGUUCUGAAAUAUGAAUGGCUGCUAAUUCGAUGGGAAUCCCACGUUUCUCAGUGUGUUCGAUGUAACAGAUACCUAGGUAUGUGCGGGGAUAAGUAAGCAUGAAAUCUCUCCAAUGUUAUCGAGAAAGAUAUUCUUAAACCUCAUCCUCCCACGUAUGAUUAUUCUUCGUUCAAGUUCGAAUAUUGUUGAGGGUUGGAUAGACAAGCCGAAUUCAAACCACAUUAGGCGUUAAUAUUGCGGUUGAUAUACUCGCGGAUUCAAAAUGGCCUCACCAAUAUCUUCAAAUCAUGGCGACAUUGACGAGUCUUUGGUACCGGGAACUGUUCAUUUGGUGGAUCUCGAACAUACAAUGGCGACACGACAUGCUAAAGAUCAAAAAGAUAUCGUACUUGUACCAACACCAUCUACGGACCCAAAUGAUCCAUUAAAUUGGACACCAAGACGCAAAUACUUGGCUUUAACCUGCGCUCUACUCUAUACUUGGUUUAAUGGGAUGGCAUUAUCAGUUGUCUAUUCGGUUCUCGUACCACUCUCAACAGCACUCUCAGUAACGGAAGGGGAUCUUAACGCGGGAACGGGAUACAUGUUCCUUUUAUUAGGUUGGGGACUCCUCUUUUGGCAACCGUUCGCUUUACAAUACGGAAAACGCCUAACGUAUCUAAUCUCUUUGGUCGCACUCAUGGCUGUUACGGUGUGGGGUCCUUAUGCGCGUGGUAAUGGUCAAUGGAUUGCGAAUCGAGUUUUGACUGGUUUCUUCGCAGCGCCUAUCGAGGCCUUACCCGAGACAAGUAUCGCAGAUCUAUUCUUCGCUCAUGAGCGUGCUACUUAUAUGGGUUGGUAUGCCUUUACGCUCGUUGGAAGUAACUUUUUCGCCCCAGUCAUCAGUGGUUUUAUUAAUGAUGGAGUGGGUUAUCGAUGGGUGUUUUAUUUCCAAGCCAUCUUUUGCGCGGCAACUUGGAUAUUCCUAUUUUUCUUCAUGGAAGAAACAAAUUACGAUCGUCGGACCGUAGGUAUCGUCGCUGAAUUGAAUGAUGAUGUCGAUCAGUCAAGUCCAGACGCAGAAAAAGCCAAAGAGGGGUUGGAAGAACCAUCCGACACCAUUGGACGAAUCUCUUCUCCGGAAGCUCAACCGUCAAUCACCAUCAAAACAUUCUGGCAAAGAAUGUCCGUCAUGGAUAAACCUCGACCAUUUAUGAUGCAUUAUCGAGCAUGGCAAUCUUUAAAGUUGCUAUCUUGGCCUGUGGUAUUUUAUUCGGGAUUUAGUUAUGGAACUUACCUCAUUUAUUUCAACAUCCUCAAUGCGACGAGUUCUAUUAUUUUAGGUGGUCCACCAUAUAACUUUCGCCCGUCCCUCGUCGGUCUAAGCUAUGUUGCUUGCUUAGUAGGAGUCGUUGCAGCAUCGGCCUUUACGGGUGUAUUCUCGGAUCGAUUCAUCCUACGCCUAGCUCGUAAGAAUAAUGGCGUUUUCGAACCCGAGCAUCGAUUAUGGCUAUUUAUUGUUGCGACUUUAGUAAUUCCUUCCUCUUUGAUACUUUGGGGCGUCGGUGCUGCUCAUCAAGUACAUUGGUUUGGUUUGGUAUUUGCUAUGGGCACUACUGCUUUCGCCAAUACGAUGGGUGUCACUCUUAGUGUUUCCUAUCUAAUCGAUUCAUAUCGGGAUAUAUCUGGAGAUGCCUUAACAACAUGUAUUAUCAUUCGUAAUACUAUGAGUUUUGCUAUUGGAUAUGGUAUUACUCCUUGGUUGGAUAAUUUGGGAUAUCAAAAUUGUUUCAUUAGUGUUGCGUUUGUUGGGUUAGCUAUAUGUUCUAUUUUUCUGGUCAUGAUCAAGUGGGGUAAGAAGUUCAGAGAGAUGAAGAGGGUUGACUAUUGGAAUGAAGUUAAGAAAAGGAUUGAUCUUGGGUUAGUUCAUUAAGACUGCACUCUCAGAUGCUGGAGUAACCACCUAGGUAGGUUAAGAAAAGAUGGAAUGAUGGAAAUCAAUUAAAUAGAAAGAUAUCAUGCAAGCAUAUUCACAUCAUAAGUGCUAUAUUGGUAUCGUUGGUCUAUCAAUCUGGAUAGGUA